UAUUUUGUAAGAUGAGUAGGAUAGUUGGGGGAAACUCGGAACACGCUGCUGGGUCCUUUGGUAUUCCCUACUAGAUUGUAUUUAAAGGGAACGGCCGUAUGACAUGCUAGGGACUUAUCGACGGAGAUCCACCUAACUUUUACUUUGGACAACCAAGUUUCAUUAUGGCAGUUACAAUGCACGGCGUCGUUGUAAUAUUGAUUUUCUACGUCACAGUUUCAGCUGGAACGGAGGAAAUGUACAGUAACUAUGAGCUGGUGUCAGAGGAGGAACCAAUUGAUGAAGGCCCAAGACUGGACUACAAUGAUCCAACCUGGUGUCAUCCUCUGAGCCUGGCCAAUGGGGAGUUGAGCUGCGUCUCCCCUCGAGGAAGAAGCUACAGCGGCACGCUAGGCACACGUUGCGAGAUGACCUGUGACCGCGGGUACAAGCUCGUGGGCAAGUCCUCAGUCCACUGCCUGGCCAACCGCCGCUGGUCCGGCACGGCCUUCUGCAGACAGAUACGCUGCCGUGUGCUGCACUUGAACCCGCACGGCAGGUACACUUGCUCCCAGGGUUUCGUGGUGGACUCCAGGUGUGAUUACACCUGCAAAGCCGGCUACCGUAUCAUUGGACAACACUCUCGCACCUGCCAGCCAGACGGCUCAUGGAGCAACAAUGAACCCGUCUGUACAGAUGAUGAUCCCCCAAAGAUCAGGUGUCCUAUGUCCAGAGCCAAGUACGCUGACCCGGGGGCACUCACCGCCAAGGUUGCCUGGGACCCCCCCGUUGCCACGGACACGGCUGAUAAAGCACCUGAGGUGAUAUUGGUUGGCCAAGAGCCCAACACGGCUUUUAAAGAAGGGAGCACCGUUGUCCGGUAUAAAGUGUACGAUCUAGCAAGGAACAGGGCCGGCUGCAAGUUUAUCGUUCGAGUUGUGGUCAGAAGAUGUGAGGUGCUAAAUCCGCCCCUGCAUGGUUACCUGUCCUGCUCCUCGGACACCAAUAACUACGGGGCGGUGUGUGAGUACCACUGUGAGGGAGGCCAUGAGAGGACGGGGACGUCGAGCCGCGUGUGCCAGUUUAACCACAGCUGGAGUGGCGCUCCUGCAGAGUGUAGACAAAUGGAGUUCAGGACGAAUGUAAAGACGGUCUCUGCUCUCAUGGAUCAAUUCUAUGAGAAGAGGAGAUUGCUAAUCGUCUCCACACCUAGUUUAAUGAACCAGGAAUACAGGCUGCAGAACCUCAUGAUACAGAAAUCGCGUUGUGGCUUGGACCUGCGUCAUGUGACUGUGAUCGAGCUCCUGGGCUCGGCCCCUCAAGAGCGCGGCCGGAUCAAAACCAAACCACUUCAUCCAGGAGUCAUCGAGGGUCUCAGACAAGCCUUCAGGAUCUCCCGGACCUACUUCAGCAUGCUGAUUCUGGACAAAAACGGAGUGGACCGCGAGAGGUUCAUCACCCCCAUGUCCUCGGACGAACUCUUCGCCUAUAUCGAUGACUUCCUGCUGGACGAGGAGGAACGAGACAGGCUGGAAAUACACAGAGACUUCUGCGUCUAACCCCGAUAGGGCGGUCCCCCUGGUUGUCAUGAGGAUAAACUGAUCAAAACUAGCUGACUGAGACCAGAGACGGAGGAAAGAAGAUGUAAUUAAGUUACACGAUAUAAUGUGGUUUUAAAAGGUAGAACGUAACCAUGUUACCAGUGUGAAAUCACCACAGAUUCUUAAUAUUUAUUUAAGUGCCAGGCAAUGCAGACAAACCUUUAAAUUACAUUUUAAAAUAAAUAAAAUAUCACCCAUAGUUGGAAUCUA